AGAACAGUCCGCUUUGACCUUUGGCAGAUCGCUUUGCGAUGGGGUCCAACUGCGUGGCCUCCACCUCCAUCGGCUGCCUGUUUUGCUGCAAGGGCUGCAGCGCGGAGAAAGUGCGGAAUGCCUUCACCUUCAUUCCCCCCCAGAGCUCCUACACGGUUGAAGCCGAGAGCAUGGAGGACACGGACAAUGGCAAGAUGGUGUAUUUGAUGGAGGGACUCGAGGGCUCGGAGCUCUACCGAAAGGCCGCGGACGCCUCGACCGUGCGCUGGGUCACCACAAGGACCGGCAGCCGGGUGCCCUUGGUGUGGCUGCGCCGGGAAAAGCUGAACCCACGAGAGGCGGCUGCCACCGAGCCGCCAUUGGUCUUGCUGCACUGCCACGGCAAUGCGACGGACAUCGGGAUGAUGAUGGGACCCUACUACGAGCUGGCCAAGGUUUUGGGGGUCGAGGUGUGCGGCGUGGAGUACAGCGGCUACGGCGCGUCCUCCGGAAGGCCGAGCUCGGCGAACACCUACGCAGACGUGGAGGCGGCCUAUGAGUACCUCGUGUCUGUGGGCGUGCCGCCGAAGAGGAUAGUUGCGUACGGGCAGAGUGUGGGCAGUGGCCCGGCCACCCACCUGGCCUCGAAGAAGCAGCUGGGCGGCGCCGUGCUGCACUCGCCACUCCUUUCUGGAAUCAAGGUGGUGGACCCGAAGCCGGACGCCUGCUGCCGGCCCAGCUGCGUCUGGAGCUGCUUCGACUUCUACCCCAACGACCGGCGGGUCCGGCAGUUGCUGUGCCCGCUCUUCGUGAUGCACGGCCAAAGGGACGACAUCAUCCCCUUCUACCACGGCUUUCGUUUGCACAAGGCCUGCCCAAAGCAGCACCGCUGGCCGGCGUACUUCCCCGCCCGCGCAGGGCACAACGACCUGGUGGAAACCGACAUGCGCGCCUACUUCAGCGAGGUGUCAAGCUUCUUGCAGGACGUGAGGAGGAUAGCCGAAGGGCAGAAGGUAGAGCCACCGUCCUUCGACAAGCCUUCGCAGGUGCGGAUGGUUGUAAAGCCAGCGGAGGCUGAGCCAAGACAGGUUGAGAUGGCGGAGGUUGCCCGCUUGGAAGGCGAGGAGCAGCCGGAGGUGAAAGUGGGGCCAGAGGACGGGCGGUACGAGCAGCUCCGGAAGGGGAACGUCAUGGUGCCCGGCGGCUUUGCUGAUGCAGCCUGAGCCCCGUGCCCGCGCCUUUCCCGUCCAGGGCGCGGCGGCUGGUUGCCGGACACGGAAGCCUUUUCUCCAGUUGUUCGGCAUUUCGGUUUUCCCCCAUG